GCACGAUUUUAAAGGUUCAAAGAGAUUAAGUGCAAUGGGUAAACGAAAUAGCAAGGAGAUGUCGGUUUACACUUUCUAAUUAUGGGUAGUUUUAGUAGUAUGUUAAUUUGCUUUUGUAAAAAAAAAAAAAAAAAAAAAAAAACAACCAAACAAGAGAAUAUGUCAUGUUGAUAAAUUUUCAUUCAUGCCUCCUUAAUCUUACCUAUCAAAUGGCCUCUAAUUGAAAAUAAAAUGAAAAACCCGUCAAAAAAAAAAAAAAAAACGAACAAAACCAUAUUCGAGUAAUUAUAUAGAUGCUCGAUAAAAUUAGUAAUUACGGAAUACUUAGUAAUCAAUUAUCGUAACUCGAAAAUGGAUUCCAUCCAAGAAUAUAUUCCAUCCUCCAAGAAUAUUGCAAAUUUUAGCUUUAGCUAGCUGAUCGAGUAAAUACAAUUCCGCUUCAUCAUCAAUGUAAUUGGCCAAUCCAAUGGAAACCCUUAAUCAGAAGAAUGGAUUGGAUAUCACCUUUCGCAAGAAUGUGCUCAAUAAUUUGAUCAUCAAGAAAUUUAAGGAAUUUGCCCAGAAUUCAGAAAACCCAGUAGUUUUCAGCACAAUUAAAGACAUUGCUGUGAAAUUAGAGGAAAAGUUGUUCAAUAAAGCAACAAACAAGGAUGAUUAUUUAGCUAAAGUGCUGCAAAAAUUGAACUUGGUGGAAAAAAACAAACUUUUUGAUGCUGUGGCUGCACCAACAACAGGGAAUCAGCUGUUGAAUACACCAAUACAGAGGCAAGCUGUCGACUCCAAUUAUUCUCAAAAUAAUCUCAGUGGCAGUAGUUCACUUCAGCAAAGCCACAAAUUGUUUCUAAAUGAACCACAGGUGUUGCAAACACCUAUGCCAGCAUCAUCAAUUAUGCAACAAAACAAUCUAAUUAUACAACUAGAUUUAAACCAGUUAUCAUCAAUUAUGCUAGGCUACAGGGAUCUCACAGGCCAAGUACUUCUCUUCAUUCUCAAACCUUAGUUGGUAUGAAUAAGCACAGUUCUCAGUCACAGAUGACAAGUGCAAAAGCUGCAUCAGCAUUUGUGUCCUUUCCUGAUGCUGGCAAUAUCAAUGCAGCUGAUUGGAAGCUUCUCAUUGACCAGUAUCAACGUGCUAGGUCAACGUACUUACCUGAGCUAAAUAAAUUACUAAAGAGAGCUGAGGAACAGUGUUUUCAGGGACAGAAUGCAAAGCAACUUGAAACAGUUAAACGUGCCAGGGAUGUGAUUAAACAGAUGAUCAAGUUUUUACACAUUACAGAAAGUGAAUUGUUACGCAUCUCCAAAGAAAUAGUGUAUCAGAAUUUGAAUCAAAUCAUACAGUAUUUCAAUUCAUUAAGUAAGAAGAGUACUACUUCUUCCGGGAAUCAAGCACCACAAUCCUCUUAUGGACAGAUUCUUGUGAACAAUGUGCAAAUGACGCCAUUAGUGAAUACCACCCUGAUUAGAAAACCCAUGUCACAGAGGCCAGAGGAUGGGUCUUCACAUUCACAACCAGGUGUUCUACAUCCACCUCUUUAUGAUUCUGUACGUGCAACAAAGCGGGUGGAUAUGAAGAACCUGCAGCUCCAGGGUCCUGAGGACACUGCAGACAAAGAUGCUCAUCUUAAUGUGAAAAAAAAUCCACAACAAAAUCAGAUAACAAGUGUGAACCAGACUACAGAAGUUCUGCAAACAAGGAAGCCACAAAAGCUGCCAGAAAAGAAAGGUGAUUUCAUGAACUCAAUGUUCCCACCAAUGACAAAAGCCACUUCCAGGACUUCUUGUCAGCAAUCAUCUGGUACCUGCCUUAUGUCUGCUAAACCACCCCAAAGUUAUUCUGCACAACCUGAGAAGAAAAAAAAAGGCAUCAUUUGUUUCGGAUCAUAGAGAAAUGUCACAUCCUAAGGCCA